AUGUCUCAUCUCGGCAAGUAUUUGCAUAUUCCGUCCUUUCCAAGUGCUGAUCUCUCUCGCACUUAUAGAUGUCCUCCUCUCGCUUUGAAUCGGAUACCGGGAUGCACAGAUGUUCGCACCAUGGAAGCCCCUGAUACGUUCCCCACAGUCGAGCUAUUGCAGCCAGCGGUCAUCAGUCGUCCCGGCCCUGUGAGUGGGAACGCGGAAGGGGUCUUCCAAACCAUCUCAGACGGCAAUUAUCCAUCGCACGAUCAAUCUAGUCAACCGCUGCACUUGUACUACCAGAACGUUGGAGGCAUGAACAUGCACAUCACCGACUAUUUGCUGGCUUGUUCGGAUGAUUGCUUCGACAUCAUCGCUCUUUCGGAGACCUGGCUCAGUGAUUGUACGCUCUCCGUUCAAGGUUUUGGAUCCAACUACGAAGUCUUCCGUACCGAUCGCAGCCCCUUAAAUAACUCAAAAACUAUUGGAGGCGGGGUGCUUAUCGCAGUGCAUCGUCGUUUGAAGGCGCAACUGAUCGAAACCGCAUCUGGUAAAUGCGUGGAGCAGGUUUGGGUGCGUUUGAAACUGGUCAAUUUUUCCCUCUACCUUUGUGUGAUAUAUCUUCCUCCGGACCGAUGCCGCGAUCUACCGCUAAUCGAUGCACACAUACAGUCGUUGCAAGAAAUUACUUCCACUCAUGUACUACCCGUAGAUGAAAUCUUGAUUGUGGGAGACUUCAACUUUUCCAGCAUAAAAUGGCAAACAAGUUCCGGUGGUUUCUUCUUUCCUGAUCCGGCGCUCUCCACUUUCCACAUUGGCAUUACAACCAUGCUCGACGGCUACAACCUCAACCUUCUUCGACAGUCGAAUCCUGUCGUUAAUGAAAAUAACCGGAUGUUGGAUCUUUGCUUUUCAAGUAGAGAAGAUGUUGCACCAAAGAUUAGUGCUUCACCGUUCCCUCUGGUCAAUUCCGUUCGUCAUCAUCCUCCACUACAUAUUGUGCUCGAUUCAAAUCGCUUACAGAACGCCUGCAUUCCAACGGACAUCAUCUGCUAUAAUUUUAGUAGAACCGACUACACCAAUAUGACCGACUUCUUGACGCAAAUCGACUGGGAUGAAGUUCUCGACAACGAUGAUGUCAAUGCUGCUGUGCAGACGUUUUCUAAUGUUAUGAGCUACGCAAUCGACUACUAUGUACCGAAACGAUCGAGACGGCAGACCCGGCAUCCACCAUGGCUGACUGCGGAAGCGAGACAUCUGAAAACGACCAAAAGAGCCGCUCUAAAGAGGUAUUCUAAACAUGGAGGAUUUUCCCUGCGUAAUCACUACGUGCAGAUAAAUCAGUUGUACAAGAAAACCGUUAAGCGCUGCCAUGCCAACUACUUGAACAACGUACAACGAAAACUGAAAUCAAAUCCAAGGUAUUUCUGGAAACAUGUGAAUGAGCAAAGGAAAGAAUUUGGGUUGCCCUCGUCAAUGAGCUUUGGAGAUCGUACUGGUUCGUGCACACAGGAAAUCUGCCAGAUGUUUGCGGAAAAGUUUUCUAGGGUUUUUUCAAAUGAAAUCCUGACUCAGCAGCAAAUUGCUGCCGCAGCACUUAACGUUCCCCUGUCUAAUAACUCAUUGAACUGCAUCAAUAUUGACGAAGACUCAAUACGGACGGCAAUUGUAGGAAUGAAAGCCUCAAAUUCGAAGGAAUGA